UUGGGCAUUAGACUAAAAUGUCGGAUAGAUCUUGUAGCCAGUGUAACGCUAACAUAGCGGGUGAAGCGUCCUCAUGUCCAUGCGGUGCAUUUUACCAUCCUGGCUGUUUUAAUCUCUCCAUUAGUAAAUCCACUGGAAGGAGAAAAUGCUGUCCAUUUAAGCCUUCCCAAAGGUCUUUAUCUCCAACAGCACCGCCAUUGACUCUUGAAAGUAUUAGCAAUCUGCUUGAUAAUCAUUAUGUAAAAGCAAAAAAAGAUUCGGAAGAAUUUAUUACUAAAAAAUUAGAUGCCAUCCAAAAUGAUUUCGCUACUUUAAGCACCGCACUUUCAUCGCAUUCUGAGAGACUCGAUAAUGCUCUUGAAAGAAUUGAGAACCUCGAACUACAGGUUUCGGAGAUUCAAAGUACAGAUAACGCUUGUCAACACAUCGAUAGUGGUCUCACACCAUCACAAGUUUUUUCUGAGAUAUCCGACAGAAUUCAAAGGAAACAAAAUCUUAUCUUGUUUGGCUGCCCUGAGGUUCAUGUUGACGAACCUGGGAACACCUCGUCCAAUCAAAAUAUCAUUUGUGGUGGAAAAAACAAAGAUGGAUACGUUGACAGCCUUUUGGGCGUGGAAAAAGACAGAACAGAGCUCGUCUGUGAAGCUACAUCUAUCCCAGGACCGUACUCUCAUUCAGAGAACUCAACUCAGGGCGACAUUGAAAAUUUUAGCGGAUCGUCGUCUUGCUGGGGAAACGAAUUUGAAGAUCAGGGAGAUUCGGGGCGAAUCAACAAUAGUGAAAUCUCGGGUGAAAACAGCAGAUUAGAAUCUCAGAUUAACUUUUCCAAUACUUUAUCUACGUUUAACUGUACUCACAUCACAAAUUUGGAUUUGCUUAAUGAUCUUUUAAUUUAUUAUCAAAAUGUUAGAGGAUUGAAUACAAAGCUAAGUAUUUUAUCUUCUUCCUUGGACGUUUCAGAAUAAGACUGGCUAUCACAUUUAUAUUUUUUUGCGCGAAUUUAAAUUUGAUUACUCUUAAAAUCUUUAUUUUGUUAAUUAUUGUUGUUAAAUUUAAUAAUUUUAGUUAUAUUUUUUGUUUUACUACAUAUUAUUUUCGCG